UGCAAGCCUCGUUAGAUUUGAAAAAUGGCGGCAUGUACUAGACAAGAAAACAAGGCGAUUACUUUGAAGGGAAGCGCUGAAUUAGUCACAGAAUUCUUUGGUUACGGGAUAAACAACAUUUUGUAUCAAAGAGGUAUCUAUCCAGCUGAUUCUUUCAAGAGAGAGCAAUUUUAUGAUUUGACGUUAUUCGUCAGUGACGACAAGGAUCUUCAAGAUUACCUGUCCAAGGUUUUACAACAGCUCAAAGACUGGCUUGAGGACAAUACCCUCCAGCGGGUUGUCAUGGUGAUAAGCGAAGUAGACACUGAUGAAGUCAUAGAGAGAUGGCAGUUUGAUAUUCAGUGUGAAAAGAAUGAGCAAACAGAAAACAAGAAAGGAGCAGGUAAACCUCCAGCAUCAAAAAGCAAGAAAGACAUUCAAAGAGAAAUGAGAGAUGUGAUCAGACAAAUUACAGCCAGUGUUACCUUCCUUCCCUUUCUUGAGAAGCGAUGUGCAUUUGACCUACUGGCUUACACUAACAGAGAUCAAGAGAUUCCUGAAACUUGGGAAGAGUCGCAAGCGAGGAUCAUUGCAAAUUCACAAGAAGUGCGAUUAAGGUCCUUCUCAACAUCUGUUCAUAAAGUGGAUACAAUGGUGUCUUACAAAGGAGAGGAUUGAUGCAAACAAGAUGACAUAGCUUGUCCAGCACACAACAGCUGUACCAAAGUACAUGUGUGAAAAGGAGUCCACACUCAUUCUACAAGGAUACUUUUUUAUUUUAACAAACUACAAGUUCCUCGAGAGGUUCGGCCCAGCAUGACCAGUAUAACCUUGUAAAAAAAAAAGAAAAGUGGCAAACAAGAGAGAAUAUAUCAGGGAAAUUGCUCUUACAAGUUCCAAAGAUUACUUCCUCACAAGGAAAAAUGACUUAAUGUCAAUGAUGAAAUUCAUAUCAAGUAGUUUUGGUCUAUAAAUAUUGACAUUAUGAUUUCAGUAAAGGUAUAUAUAUCAGUUUGUCACUUGUGGGUGAUUCUGAAAGAAUUUAGAUAGCUGCCCACAGAUGUUUUAAAAAAUGAAACUGAUAUGGACUUUUCCAUCCUUGAUAGUAGCACAACCACGAAACUAGUAGACGUAAAUAAAUAUAUCAAAUAAAACCUAGAGGUCAUUGUUCAAAAGUUCUGUUUUUGUGGCCAGUAGUACUUUCUUUAAGAAAAAUUAAUAAAUUGCAUUUGUAUUUCUUAGGGUUCAGUUUUUCAUCAUUUAUAUUUUGAUAUUAAUUUUUUUUGGCCUGUAAUGAGUUUUGUUGGGUAUAUUGAGGCUAGGGUGUCCAUUGUCUCUUUCAAAAAGAUAAAUUAUAUUCCAGUGCAUCUGUUUACUCAUAGAUUACAGAUGACAUUUAACUCUUCACCCCAAAGAGUGACAAGCAUCUAAUUUCUCCUUACAAUAUCAGCCCUGAGUCACACAUUAAGGUCAUGAGAAUAAA